ACUAAUGGCUACUCACAGAAGUCAGGGUCAGUUGUGUGAGUUACACCUAUAAAUGCCAGCAUGAUGCAAAGUGACCAGACAGGGACUUGAAUCAAAGUCUGGCCACAGUUAUGUUCUUGGUCAUUAGCUGUUUUGCACUUGUGGCCUCCACACUGGGGUGUGGCGUGCCUUCCAUUAAGCCCCAGGUUAGUGGAUACAACAAGAUUGUAAAUGGUGAAAAUGCUGUGUCCGGUUCAUGGCCCUGGCAGGUUUCUCUUCAGGAUGGCAGCGGAUUUCACUUCUGUGGAGGAUCACUGAUCAACCAGUAUUGGGUUGUUACAGCUGCCCACUGUCGUGUGUCUCCAUCAUACCACCGGGUGAUCCUUGGUGAGCAUGAUCGGAACUACAACAGCGAGGCCAUUCAAGUCAAGACCAUCUCUAGGGCCAUCACCCACCCUUACUACAACUCUAACACCUUCAACUAUGAUAUCACACUUCUGAGGCUCUCCUCCCCAGCACAGUUCAACUCCCGUGUGUCUCCAGUGUGCUUGCUCUCAUCCAGCAGCAGCAUCCCCUCAGGAACCAGAUGUGUCACCACUGGAUGGGGUAGAACUGGACAAACUUCAAGCCCUCGUUACCUGCAGCAGACCUCUCUGCCUCUGCUCAGCCCUGACCAGUGCAAAAAUUAUUGGGGCUACAACAGAAUUACUGAUGUCAUGAUCUGUGCUGGUGCCUCUGGAGUUUCCUCCUGCCAGGGUGACUCUGGUGGCCCUCUGGUGUGUGAAAGCAGUGGCGUCUGGUACCUUACAGGUAUUGUGUCUUGGGGCACCUCCAACUGCAAUGUGUAUGCCCCAGCAGUAUACUCCCGCGUGUCCUACCUGCGCAGCUGGAUUGACCAGACCCUUGCCUACAACUAAGGAGCAAUGAACUACUGCAAAUAUUAAUGCUAUAUAUUAUGCUAAGAAUAAAUUGAACCAGUAUCCAUUUGCAACCAUUUGCAAGAAAUCAAGCAAUAAAUCCUUAAAGAUCCUGCA